AUCGGAAGCGGAAUUCCCUGAGAAUUGUAAACAAAUCACAAAAUAGCUGUUAAAUUCAUUCAAAUCAUUGACAUUUGAUAGUUGCCGAUAACCCACAUGUCAUAUUUCAAUAUUUUUCGCGACUACAUCAGUUAAUAAACUAGUUUAUCGGGUCGUAGAAAGCAAUUCAAUGACGUCUGAAUAAAUCGGUAAAAACAAAAAAACUUUGAAAAUGAUGGAAGUAAGCCAGAACAUGGAACUGAAGGAACUGUCUACGGAGGAAGCCCUAAUGCGAUCCCUAUCCUCAGAGCUCGGCAGUGAAGUGGAACCCCUUUCCACCCCUGCCAUUGUCAACAAAUCCAGUCACACGUCUGUCGACGAAGUGAAUCUGUCUGUGCUGGCUAAUGGCGUCGAUACCUCCGAUAGCGUCAAGGUUAUUGACAAAACGAAAAAGGUAUCGGAACGAGAACGUAAUCCAGGCAGUGAUUUGGACGCGCUCCUGGACAAGAUUAGCUCCAUUGUGGCUGGUAGUCCCAAGAACUCCGACGAUCUCGAGUGCCUCGAUAGAGACGAGGAAUGCGACUCUGUGUCGACGAAGAUGGGAACAGCUGCUGAUACGGGCAAAUGUCUUACAGAGCAAAGAGAAAAACCAGAAGAAGAAGAAGAAGAAGAAGGAGAUGUGCUUAGUUCUCUAGAAGGAGAAGAGUGCGUCGAUCCGGAUUCUAAGUUAAAGACUGAGGAGAAAGUAGAAGAAACGGAUCAACACAUUCCAGCCAAAGAAUCCACACAGAUUACCGAUGAUUUGACUGAGCCAAAAAGGGAGAGUAAAGAAGUAUUAAUAGAUGAAAAAUUAGAGUCAAAGAAAGAAGAUGAAAUCACAGAAAAUAUUGCGGAUAACAUUGAAAAAGACCUGAAAAACACAUCAACAGAUGAUGUGUUUAUAGAUGCUUUAGAGAGCAUUUCCAGUUCCGAUGAGUUUGAUGCCUUCACCUCUCAGGACUCUAAGAAGGUCAAGCCAGGAAAAAAACUAAACGCGGAAAAAAAAUCACCUUUCAAUGAUCUAGAAGAGAUUUCAUCUGAUGAUGAUAAUAUAAAUAAGGAUGAGAAAGUACAUAAGGUCGGUUUAUGUGAAAAGCCCACCCCUGAAGUUAUAGAUUUAGACUCAUCGGGCGAAUGUGUGGACUGCGAAACGCCAGCAGAGCUCGAGGAAACCGUAGCUAAAACAGAAGAUACUGAGGAAGUGACUCAUGUGAAAGUUUCUCUAAAGGAUUCCUUUAAUUUGGAAAAGAAAAUCUCAGGGAAGUCCGUGAGUGCAGACGCAGUUGAGCUGGUCGAAGCUGGUGAAGAGAAAGAAAAGUUGACAAAAGGUAACGAACCUACGGAGUCCACGUUACCUGAAGACGAGGGGCCAAAGGUAACCGAAAAGUCGCAAGAGUCUAUCCUAAUCCACAGCGAAGAGUCAUUGGAAGUCAAUGAACCGGAUAAAUCCAAAGAAUCCGAAGCACUCGAAGAACAUAACGAAAGAGAAGAGCUUGAAAGCCCUAAGGGAACAACAAAUUCGGAAGAGGAGAAGGAAAAAGAUGAUUCGGAGAUCAAAAUAAUAGAAUUUUCGGAAAAAGCUGAGAUACCGAUAGACACCAAGGGAAAAGAAGAUCCAAACCCAACCUCAAAGGUGGAAGGUGUUAAGGAAACAGAAAAGCCGGAAACAGAAAAGACGGAAGACCAUGAGGAAGUAGUGGAGGUCGAAGGGGAUGAAACAGGGGAUCCCAAAAAGGAGGACCAAACUGAAGUUAAGGCUCGAACUAAAACCCAGGAAAUGAAUGACGCAACCAUAGAUGAUAUACUUUUCGAAGCGGACAAGGAUGUGGUAGAGGUCGAAGUAAAAAAGUCUGCAGACGAUGAACCUGGGGUUAUAUCUGAAAACGAUAAGGAAGUCAGGAUAAAUGGAGUAUGCGAAAUUUCAACUGAUGACCAUAUAAGGGAUUUAGAAAGCAAGAACACAGCUGCUGUUGAAAAGGAGACCAAAGAAACGGAGUCUGAUGACGAAGUCAUUUUCUUUGAACCCCUCGAGAAGACCGAACAAGUGGAAACUACAGUAAAUUCGACGAUUGAAAAUUCUGAGAAACCGCAAGCUAAGGACGACGAAGUUGUUCUUGUCUCCGAGGAUGAGGAUGAAAGCCUAAGACAGCAGCCUAAGACACCGGAAAAGGAUGUUCUGACUUCCCAAAAGGAAACAGCUAUUAAAGGACUUCCAAAUGAGUCCAAUACAGAACAAGCUGAAACUAAAGACCUCCAAAUAGACAAUUCCGACAACGCGUGCGAUCAGUUUGAGAAACUGAAGACCCAUGAAAUGGUGAAGCAAACUGCCACAGAGGAUGGGAACAGUAAUUCCAGUAAUCUAUUGAGACCCGCCGAAUACUCGGAAGAGUCGGCUCCAAAACGGUUGCGUCUCAGUACCGAUGAAAAAAUGGAACUUGAAACGCAGACGGAACAAGAGGCAUCCUCACAAGUCAGCAGAGCGGAGGAUUCUUUGAAGGAUAUAACCAAGCGAAGCCAUGAUGAUCUGGACAGCCCUCAGGAGGAGAUACCUAAUAAAAAAGCUAAGACUGAUGACUCUGACUCUAACAGCUCCCACGAAGGCACGCUGCAAAUUGAUAUGGGUGGUCAGGAAGACGAUGUGAAGACCAUAAAUGAAGAAUCCCCUAAAAAAGAAGUCGAAAAGAAACCCGAGUUCGACCUGAAACCUGUUCCAGAAAUUAAACAGGAUGUCAAGCCUCUGCGCUUGGAAUUCUUUAAGGCCUUCCGACGGAAUUUUGACACAAUGACCCGUGAUGAUCUGGAGGAGCUGGUGCUGCAGAAAGUUGUCGAGGCGAUGCUGGUAAAAAGUGAUUUCGCAGAAAUCCGUAUGCAACUGGACAAAUGCGAGAGCACGCUCGCCAAUUACCGUCGCAAGAUUGCUGAAGUUUCGAAGCAAUUCCUGGAUUUGGAGACGGUGCACAAGCGGGUGCUUAAGGACUUGGAGGCUAAGAACUCUCAUUUCACCGCUCCGGUGCGGAUAACGCGAGCUGUUGGUCUUCAGGUGGGCAUUCCGUUUAAAGCCAUAAAGCCCGCGGUUGCCGCUCCGGAGCCACCUAAUGCUGCUGGCAGCGUGUUGGCGCCGCCCAGUGGAACGCCACCCAAGGCCAGCACCUCCCCGAUGCGAUCGACAAUGCGACCAAGACCUCCUCCGCAUGCCUUUGGACCAUCCACAUCCUCAACCGCAACGAGUCCGGGCAUCAGUGCGUCUCAGAGUUCCAAUCCUCAGCAGCAGCCAGCACGGCCAUCUCAAUCCUUGACCGCGACUAAUAGUACGCCACCUGUGCGACGGGGCUGCAUGCAGAAGGUCACGCCCCAGCGACCGGUACCGGGUAACAUUCCGCCCGUACCACAAGUCAACAAUCAGGGCAACGUUCACCGUCUGCAGACGUCACCGGCUGUAGCUCAGAGGACAAUGUAUGCCUCCAAGCACACUGGAACCACUAGCUCAACGCCUUCCUCGGUGGCUAAUGCGACAAACAAAGCCGUCAUGCGUGGCCGAAACUCAGCGUCCGCUUACUUAGCGCAGAAACAGCAGCAGCAACAACAACAACAGCAGCAGCAGCAACAGUUCCAACCACCUCGACCUGGUCCCGGUUCCACCACCCCAGGACCGAGUCCCGCCAAGCAGGUGCCGAAGUGCACAACGAAAGUGCGCGCCCAGCAGCAACCGCUUUCAGGGGCCACGGUUUCAGUUCCCAUGUCAUCUAGCAGCAGUGGGUCGGGAUCUGGCAGCUAUGGACAGCAGCAGCAGCCCAGCUUGGCGCCGGCCAAACCCAAGGAGAAGGCGGUCAUAGACCUCACGGAUGAAGAUGAUGCAGCGGCUGCGGCGGCGGCAAGGGCUGCCCAGGCUCAAAUCGAGGCUAACACGCGCUUGCGUCAGGCAUCCAAUGCGGCGGUUAAGCGGAAUGCUCAGGCUGCAGCAGCGACAAGAGGAGGACGAGGAGGCGGAAAUGUGGUGCGAGCUUCUCCAAUGCAACUUGGUCGCGUUAAUGCGCGACAGUUAGUCCAAAAUAAUGGAGGAGGUCAGCGAAGUUCCUUGGGCUCAAACGUAACUAUGCAGAUACGUUCGGAGAAUACCCCUCCUGCAGCCUCUCGUUUACGAUAUUCACAUCCUGCGCCACUGCCCACGUCUCCCGCCCAGCCCUUUAAUCCAUCCUGGAAAGUGCCUCCUUCGCGACCAGUUAUUCGAAUAAGUCUCCUUGACACUGGCAUCGUUAUAUCCUGGACGCUGGAGGAUACAAGCCCGCGGUUCGCAGAGUGCGUUACGUACCAGAUCUAUGCUUACCAGGAGACGAUUCACGAGCCCAGCACGGAUAGCUGGCGACAUGUGGGCGAUGUCAACGCUAUGUUGCUGCCCAUGGCCGUAACCUUGAAUCAGUUCCAGGAGAACCAGAGGUAUUACUUUGCUGUGCGGGGCGUUGAUAGUCACCAGCGAUUCGGGCCGUUCAGUGUUCCCAAGACCUGGUCGUGAAUGGAUUGGUCGAACCUCUUCCUUAGGUGUAAAUUCUAGUUUUAGUAGACCACAUGUAAUUUAUUUUUGUCCCUGGAAAUUCGUUCUCGAAACUAGCCGGAAUUAUGAGUUUAGUCUUAAGUUAUAAAGAGUUUUUUGGAGAAAUUUUAAGAAGUAAUAAACAAGUUAUGCCAAGCAGCCAAUCCUCUGCAGCUGAGAGUCACUCAGUAAAGAAGAAAAACGAAACAAUUGUAGUUUAUUCACAAUAGGUUAUCUAUUAUAAAUAAGUUUAAAACUUACAUGAAAUAAUACACAACAUUGAAUAAAUAUCAAAUGAGAAAUGUUUUUAUCUUA